AUGCAAAAACGCUACCGAACUAUUCAACCGUCUUCAUUGCAGCCUGAGCAUACGGAACAUCCUGGUGAUACAGUGCCAGGCUCUGUCAACGAUGGUGCUGCGGAAACGCAGCCUGGCAAAAGGCGGCGUGUAAACGGCAUCGCCUGCGACAAUUGCCGCGCGAGAAAGGUAGCUUGCAACCGCGCACGUCCAGUGUGUGCCCGCUGCACCAGACUCAACGUCGAGUGCGAGUAUGCGUCCACGAGCCCAGAGGAGACGAGGAGCAUGGCGCUCAAACGCCGAAUCGAUGAGCUGCAGCAGCAACUGUCCGAACAUGCCGAUAUCCUCCAACAUCUUCGAACCUUGCCGGAGACGGACGCAAUGUCGGUAGUACGACGCCUAAGGCUGACCCCAAACGCCUCCAGAGUUCUUUCCUCUCUUCGCGGUGGUGCACACACUGGGGCGAGACUGUCGGAGCGAAGGACCUCGCGUGGCAUUUCGCCACCCACGGAAUCGGAUGCAGAGUUUGAAUUGAGCGUGCUUCAUACCUCAGUCUAUCCAGCCUUGUUGCCGUUGGAUAUUGCCUCUGUCGACAUUGACAGCGUCUUUCCAUCGGCUGACCCAGUGGCAUCGCCAAGAUCUAGGCUCCCCUCUAAAACACCUUCGUUGGAGGGAGUGCUGCCUGUUACCCCCCAAAUCGCCCCGGCACCUCCAUCGCCAUUGCGAGGAAGUAGCCAGCGGCGAAAUCGCCUAAUCGCAGGGCCGCCACCAGAUCGCCGGUACUGCGAUGCAAGACUCAAGCGCUUAAACAUCGCUUACUGGACGUCUAUUCCAGUCAGCGAUGAAUUUGCAGCAUGUGUCUUGUCUCACUAUCUUGUUUCCGAUCAUCCUAUAUAUGCAUGCGUUGACGCUGAUUUAUUUCUCAAUGAUCUGGUGGACCGAAAACUGGAUUAUUGUUCGCCGUUUCUCGUCAGCGCUCUGCUUUCCUUUGCAUGCCAAUCAUACACACAAUUCGAUGCCCGAUCCUCCGCUUUCAGUGUCGCCUUCCUGGACGAAGCACAACGACUUUGCCGCUCGGAGCAGCGCUCGCAGACCACCAAUCACCUAGCUGCCUUGACGUAUCUGGCUUUGUCGACUGGUGCAAGCGGACGAGAUGAGAUUGGGAGCUCUAUUGCCAUAGAAUGUCGUCAACUAGCCGAAAAGAUGAAUUUGAUGGGAGUCAAACCAACCAAAGAACUAGUCUCGCAACUACAUUCACUUCCGCUCAAAGAGAUGAAGAGUUCGGCAUUUGCUGCCUGGGGCGCAUACGCCUGGUUAACAUAUCGGCGUAUGUACUAUCCAAUUGAGGCUUUUAUUGAACCGCCUCUUCUUCCCAUUCCCGGUGAUGCCCACAGGCGGACUGAUCAUGGAACACCCCUUCUAUGGCCGCCUCAUCCACUGCCUUUGUACAUGGGGCAGACAUAUCAGACGCUGUCCAAACUGUGGGUCAUAAUUCAAGAAAUAAAUACCAUGUACACCCUCGAGGAUGACAGACCAAUCGACUCAAGAGUCCCCCUCUCUUAUGCCGAGAGCAAGUAUCAAAGUUUACUCGAAUCGUCGCAUUCAAUGUUACCCGAAAUGCGCCAGGGUGAUGACAGCCCUACUCAUGUGCUUUUCUUUCAUGCUCUGUUUCAUCAUACGGUUCUCACCCUCUUUCAGCCGUUUCAAGGCAACGUCGAACAACUUGGCCUUCGCUCCUUCACCUCGCCCGACGCUACGCCUUCAGCCAUCUACAAUGCUUCACUAAAGCAGCUGAAACGGCUCAUCUACACGCACCACAACCGAAAAGCGCAAUCACCCAUAAUAUGCUUCUUCAACACCGCCGUUAUGAAAGUAAGCAUCGAGGUCCUCAAAUGCGCGGACUAUGAUCCAGAUUGGUACUUUUACUUUCGGCUUUGCUUUCAGUUCUGGAAAGAUACCUUUGUCUGCUACCGCCCGUUUCAGCUUAUUGCCCAGGCUAACCUGGCCGCUGCACUUGACUGUGGCGCACUGAGUAGCAAUACCGCAAACGCAAUGAUGCAAGAGAUUCGAGCCGUCGGGAAACAUCACAUGGCAUCGGACGAGGCAGUGGUACGAGGUCUGCUGGACUUUGAUCUGGCGACAAGAAGCCUGCAGGAGGCACAGAUUGUUGCCAUGGCCCAGCGGUUUGACGAGCUUCUCCUUUUCAACGACUUGACUACGGGCGAUCUGUAG